CGCCUUUUCGGCCUUUUUCCGUCCUCCGCCCCACCCGGCCGGACCACGGCCGGCCACACUCACCGCCGCCAGCCUCUGCCCAGCAGCGCCUAGCACAGCCGAUACCAUCCCAAACCGUCCCCCUCUCCCACCGACACCACGGGUCUGCACAGCACCCCCCGUCCGGCCCCGGCGCCCCGCACGUCACCGUCGCUGCCCACCACGGGGAGGCGCUAUCCAACUUUGCUGAUCUGUGCCCGUGCCGAGCUUAGCUGCCGCGACCGUUGUCUUUAAGCUCACACACAAAUCGAGCCACGCUCGCACCGGUCCCUUUUCCUCGUUCCCGUCCCCGUCCGCCGCCACCGCCUCGCCAGAUCUCGUGCAGAAUCCAGUUGCAAUCCGGCUGAUUGGGAAGGGAGGACCGGAGGAUGGGCAGCGCCAGCGCAUUCGUCAUCAGGUGGAUCAACUUCUUCACCAUGAUACUGGCGUUACUGGUGGUGGGUUUCGGGUUCUGGAUGAGCACCCACAACGACGAGUGCAGACGGUCCUUGACCAUCCCCGUCAUGGCUCUUGGAGGAGCGAUUUUCCUCAUAUCGCUUGUGGGGUUCCUUGGUGCUUGGAAGAACAUUUCUUGCUUGCUUUGGACAUAUCUGAUAAUGCUGUUCGUGGUCUUGGUGGCAAUCAUGGUGUUCACGGUGCUUGCGUUUAUCAUCACAAAUACAGGAACUGGUCAUGCUGUUCCUGGGGCUAGAUAUAAAGAGUAUCAUCUUCAGGAUUACAGCUCCUGGUUUGUCAAACAGCUCAAUGACACGGCAAAAUGGACUCGCCUGAAAAGUUGCCUAGUGAAGUCUGACGACUGCAACAACUUGUCAAAAAGAUACAAGACUCUGAAACAAUACAAGCUUGCAGACCUUACUCCCAUGGAGUCCGGUUGCUGCCGCCCACCGGCAGAGUGUGGGUACCCAGCACUGAAUGCUUCAUAUUUUGAUCUGAGCUAUCAUCCGGUGAGCACCAAUAUCGACUGCAAACUGUACAAGAACGUGCGCUCUGUCAGGUGCUACGACUGCGAUUCUUGCAAAGCUGGGGUUGCACAGUACAUGAAGACGGAGUGGCGAGUGGUUGCCAUCUUCAAUGUGAUGUUGUUCGUCAUUCUGGUAAGCCCUGACGUCGAAUUGGACACAAACACUGAUAGCAUGGCUGGUUUUAGACUAGCAGACUUUCCCUUUCGCAAGAUGAAUCUUUUUUAUCUUAGCUGUUGUGUCGAUCUGCUCCUAUUUUUCUCUGCGUUGUUGUGGCUAGUCGUUGAUGUACUUGGUCGGCUGCUGCGCGCGGCGAAAUGCUGGAGGCAGCGACACAAAAGUUCGUGGAAGAUGACAAAAAUACUUCGACAUGAAGCGCUCAGGCAUCGGAUCCUUUGAUGAAACACCGGGGCUUGUCUGCUGUGGGAUGAUAUUCUUUGUUGCAAUUGGGCUGUGAACAUCUUGGGGAAAAAAAUGUCAUUUCACUUCUGAAAAUACAACUCUGAAUGCUCGUAUGACAAUUUUAGAUUCAUUAUGAAUCUAAGGCCUUGUUUGUUUGGGCUUAUAUUAGCUUCUGUUUCUCAGAAACCAUAAACCCAAACAAAUAGCCUGCUUUUGCUGGCUUCUGACUAUGGUUGUAAAAAACAAAAGCAGUCUUUACUAUUACAAAAGUCUGUGCAUAUAUAGAUGUGCUUUCUCUGGAA